AGGAUACCCCAUUAUGACCUAAAUACCCAUCGUUCUCCACAUUAGCUCCAAGUCUGUAAUUCCCAACACAACCCUAACCUCCCAAUUCUCUUUUUGCCCUUCAAUUUCUUCAACCUCCUUCCUUCCCUUCCUUGCCCUUCUCCAUUUUUUCCAUUUCCCCUUUCUCUCCUUCCCACAAUUAUUCUUCUCUCUCUCUCUUCCUCACUCAAUAACCCCCCCCCCCCUUUUUUACCCGCCACAUUCAAAUUUUUCUCCUAGACCUUUCUUCUUUGGUUUCUAUUUUUAUGAUUGAUUUGAUGUGAGAUACGGGUGAAAUCUGGGAUGGGUUUCUCUGGGGUUUGUGUAUUUUUGUUGUUUUGAUUGGAAAAGCUGGAAUCUUGGAGUUUUAGUUCACUUUGGGUUAACUUGGGUGUGUUCGAUGAGUCUCGAUCGUGAUUUGACUUCUGGAGCUCUUUUUUCCUCUGUUAAUUGAUGGUGAGUUUGAUGUUUCUAUUGGGUUCCUGUCGCGAUUUUGGUUUGUUUUGUUGCUUCUGCGGUUUUGAUAAGUAGAUUGAUGGGACUAUCUCCCUUGCUGUCCUUUUCUAUACUGUUUUUACUUGUCUUGAGCGAGGGUCUAUCUGAAACAGUCUCUCUACCUCACCUCUGAGGUGUAGAGGGAUUCAUGUGCUUCAUUCUAUUGAGACUUGUUGGUUAGAUUCAUUCUUGUAGCUGCCAUUCCAUUAUAGAUUCAUGCUUCAUUAUAGUGCUGGAAGCAGGCCAUAGUGAAGUCACCUGGAGAAAAAUAGUAUCUUUGGUAUUUGUGAGUUGCUAGCUGAUUCAUCAGGUGGGAGAAGAGUUUGAUCUUUCCUUGGUACAUUUGGAAAGUUUUUGGUAGAGCAGGUGACAGUAUUGAUUGAAAUAACUACUUUUGCAAAGACAGAUGGCGAACAAUGAGUUGAUCCAUGGACAAAAUAGCGACUUAGCUGAUGGAGGUGAGAACCAGGAAAUAGUGUUUGACCACACUCAUGGUAUGGGCAUAAACCAGAACCAUGAACUGGAAUUAGAGCACAACCAUAACCAUGAGCAUGAGAUGGGUAUAGGGCAGAGCCAAGAUCAUGACAGGAAUCAUGAGCAUGAGUAUGAACACGAGAAUGGCUUACCUGUGGAGCAGAAGCCCGAGCAUGAAAACCAGGAGUUGCCUAAUGAAAACAAUGAGUUAGAUAUUUCUGAACAAGAUGAGUUGGCUAUCGAGGAAAGCCAAGAACUUGAUGAUAACUUGGAAUUAGCUGUGGUUGAGAGUCAUGAUAUGGGUGUUCAACCUGCACAUGAAUUUGCAGUCCAUGAUGGUCAGAUGGUUCUUGCUUCAUCAGCUCAUGUCCUUCAGGCUCGAACUCUUUCGACUACUACUGAUUUUGAGUUACAUGUGGGACAAGAAUUCCCUGAUGUCAAGAGCUGCCGAAGGGCUUUACGUGACACGGCCAUUGCUCUUCACUUCGAGAUUCAGACCAUAAAAUCUGAUAAAACUCGUUUUACGGCUAGAUGUGCCAGCGAGAGCUGUCCUUGGCGCAUCCAUGCGGCUAAACUUCCAGGUGUACCCACGUUCACAAUCAGAACAAUUCAUGACAACCAUACAUGUGGAGGAAUUGCGCAUCUAGGCCAUCAGCAAGCCUCAGUUCAGUGGGUGGCCAACUCUGUGGAGCAACGGCUACGGGAAAACCCAAAUUGCAAGCCAAAAGAGAUCCUUGAAGAAAUUCACCGGGUUCAUGGAAUCACCCUGUCGUACAAGCAAGCUUGGCGUGGAAAGGAACGAAUUAUGGCGGCUAUGCGUGGUUCCUUUGAAGAAGGUUAUCGCCUUCUCCCUCAGUACUGUGAACAAGUUAAAAGGACCAAUCCAGGGAGUAUAGCAUCAGUUUAUGCAAGCCCUGCUGAUAAUUGCUUUCAGCGGCUUUUUAUUUCAUUUCAGGCGUCUAUUUUUGGUUUUCUAAAUGCUUGUCGCCCUCUUCUUGGGCUUGAUCGGACAUUCUUGAAAAGUAAAUACCUCGGUACUUUACUUUUAGCUACUGGUUUUGAUGGUGAUGGCGGCCUUUUUCCUCUAGCAUUUGGUGUUGUUGAUGAGGAGAAUGAUGAUAACUGGAUGUGGUUUCUCUCUGAACUUCAUGCCUUGCUAGAGGUCAAUACAGAAAACAUGCCAAGACUUACCAUCUUGUCUGACAGGCAGAAGGGCAUUGUAGAUGGUGUUGAAGCAAAUUUUCCCACUGCUUUCCAUGGUUUUUGCAUGCGUCAUUUGAGUGAAAGCUUCCGUAAGGAGUUCAACAAUACCAUGCUUGUUAACCUGUUGUGGGAAGCCGCACAUGCUCUUACAGUCAUCGAGUUUGAGGCAAAAAUUCUCGAGAUUGAGGAAAUAUCACAAGAUGCUGCAUAUUGGAUUCGACGGAUUCCUCCACGAUUGUGGGCCACAUCUUAUUUUGAGGGAACAAGAUUUGGGCAUUUGACUGCUAACAUAGUGGAACAAUUGAAUAAUUGGAUUCUAGAGGCCUCUGGACUUCCAAUAAUUCAGAUGAUGGAAUGCAUCAGGAGGCAGCUUAUGACUUGGUUCAAUGAACGUCGAGAGACCAGUAUGCAGUGGACAUCAAUUCUGGUGCCUACAGCGGAGAUGCGAGUCGCAGAUGCUCUUGAGCGUGCCCGAACUUAUCAGGUUCUUCGUGCUAAUGAAGCUGAGUUUGAAGUGAUAUCUCACGAGGGUACCAGUAUUGUUGAUAUUCGGAACCGUCGCUGUCUUUGUCAGGGAUGGCAACUCUAUGGUUUGCCAUGUGCACAUGCUGUGGCAGCACUACUUUCUUGCCGGCAAAAUGUCCACCGAUUUACUGAGAGUUGCUUUACUGUUGCAACGUACCGGAAGACAUAUUCCCAAACUAUACAUCCUAUUCCAGAUAAAUCAUUAUGGAGGGAAAUGAUAGAGGGAGAUCCAGAUGCUGCCCAGGCUGUUGAGAUUAUUAUAAACCCACCCAAGUCACUUCGGCCUCCUGGCAGGCCAAGGAAGAAGCGAGUUAGAGCAGAAGACCGUGGUAGGGUGAAGCGAGUUGUUCAUUGUAGCCGCUGCAAUCAGACUGGCCACUUCAGGACUACAUGUGCAGCUCCAAUUUGAUUUGUCUCUGCAGACUAUUCAUUGGGUGCAAAAGAAGUCUGUGUGAUAUACCUUUUCAUGUGCAGAGUCUUUCUUAUAUUCUGUUGAAGGAUAUAUUUCUAGUUAGUUUCUCAGUCCAUAGCGAUAACUUGUCCUCUGCUAGUCUAGUAAGAUUAUGCCUUUUUUUUUGGAUUUGUUCUAAUGAUACGUUGCAACAGAUAGAUUUGGUGGUUAUAACCAUAUGAUUUGAUGAAAA